GAGUGGCCGGGGCGUGGGCGGGGCUCUGCGGGCAGGCCGGACCUGGAAAGAAGUGGUUCCGUGGCCCGAACGAAAAGUCCCAGGGUGGUGGGUCGCGAGGUGCGGGGACACGGGAGCUGGAUCGGGGAGGGUCAGCGGCAUCGGGGAUCCGGACGGUGUGGCCCGACUGCAGGUCGGUUCCAGAGUGAGCGGGGGCGGGCUCACAGCCGGGAUCCACCCAGAACCCCUGGGCCGUCGUACGUAGGAGGCCCCACCAUGGAGCCAGGCAGUGUGGAGAACCUGUGCAUCGUGUACCAGAGCCGGGAUUUUCUGGUGGUGAACAAGCACUGGGACGUGCGCAUCGAUAGCAAGACGUGGAGGGAGACCCUGACCCUCCAAAAGCAGCUGCGGCACCGCUUCCCGGAGCUGGCCGACCCCGACACCUGCUACGGGUUCAGGUUCUGCCACCAGCUGGACUUCUCCACCAGCGGAGCCCUCUGCGUGGCCCUGAACAAAGCAGCUGCAGGCAGCGCUUACAGGUGCUUCAAGGAGCGGCGGGUCACCAAGGCUUACCUGGCUCUGGUCCGGGGGCACGUCCAGGAGAGCCGGAUAACCAUCAGCCAUGCCAUCGGCAGGAACAGCAUGGAGGGUCGGACCCACACCAUGUGCAUCGAGGGCACCCAGGGCUGUGAGAACCCGAAACCAAGCCUCACGGAGCUGGUGGUUCUAGAACAUGGGCUCUAUGCAGGCGACCCCGUCUCCAAAGUACUGCUGCAGCCCCUCACAGGCCGGACACACCAGCUGCGUGUGCACUGCAGCGCCCUCGGCCACCCCAUCGUGGGGGACCUGACCUACGGGCAGGCCUCGGGCCAGGAGGACCAGCCGUUCCGCAUGAUGCUGCACGCCUUCUACCUGCGGAUUCCCACGGAGGCGGAGUGUGUGGAGGCCUGCACGCCAGACCCGUUCGUGCCCGCCCUUGACGCCUGCUGGAGCCCUCACACCGUGGUACAGCCACUGAGCCAGCUCAUCCAGGUGCUGCGGGCUGCCCGUGACCCUGAACCCGCAGAAGGGGGCCACUCCACGCACCUGCCCAGGCCAGGCCGGCCCCCACCGCCCCACCCCCCUGAGACGGAGGCUCAGCGGGCCUCGUACCUUCAGUGGCUGUCAGAGUGGACUCUGGAGCCAGACAACUGAGAGUGUGGGCCUGAUGUGUGGGUGAAGACUGGGACCGCCAGGUGGAUGGGGACUGCGGGUCAGAACCCUAAGCUUAUCCAGAGGCGAGGUGUCCCAGCCACAGAGCACUGAAACCCCACCCCAACUGUAGCAGCCAAACCUGCAGAGGGACCCACGUCCAGCAGGGGGAGCCAGGCAGCCAUAAUUAAGGAGGAUGAACUCAGGGUGGUAGAACCAGGCCCCCCCCAAGGGAACCAAGACCUGCCAGUCCUCCCCAAGCACCUUUCUGCCUCCAUAGCUUUGUCCCCAGGGCCUGUUUUGUAGACGUGCCCAGGGGUUGCCCGGGCCAGCCCUUGCUGGGCCCCUCAUCCACCCCAGAGCACCUUGCUCCUUACUCUGUUCAGACCCUCUUGCCAUUACCCCAGCUUGGCUGAGCCCCCUCCACCUGCAAACCCUGACUGGUCCCCUGCCUGGCCGGUCCUGCUUUGUGCCUUGGCUUCUGCCGAACUCUGCCCGUGGGUCUCCCACCUCCACGCACAUCCUAGCCAUCCCAUGUGGGGAGGGUUGGGGCCAUCCCUUCUGGCCUGAUGUAAGUGCUCGGGGGGAGGGGGGGAGUUCCCACACAGCCCUGGUUAUCAGACCUUAGCCUAGGAGCAAGGGCAGCCCAGCUUCCGCCUCCUCUGUCCCCUACAACACGCCCCAUCAUUCCAGCCGCAACAGGGCUCCGGGACUUAGAAUAAAGGCUCAGUGACUAACCCUGUG